AUGCUCUACUCUCAGAAGAUGUCGAAGGACUUGAGCCCGCCAAUGACACAGACGAUCAAAAUGCUCAACCACCCACCUCAUGCAAUCGAUUGCUGUGUCACGCACAUCAAGCAUGUUGGCGACUACCGCGUCGUCAAGCUGAUUGAUCAACAGCAGCUAUAUCAUGCGACUACACCGCCUUCCACCAAGCCUCCCAUCCCAAAAGGCAUUACGGCUUCGCAUAUUCAUGUCGAUAUGCUCAUCAUAGCUAUCGAAUGGGAGAUGGAGAACAUCAGGCACUAUGCACACAUCGAACUGACCAACAGUCUGGGCAAGCCAUCCUCACCUACCUUUGACGAGUUUGAGAAGUUGGCCCCUAUGUGUGAUGAUACUGCCGUCAACAACGCCCUUACUGCUCUUGGUGCCUACGCCGCCCUUCAUAACGAGACGUGGUUCAAGACCCGUCGCAUCGCGUACAGUGAGCUUCUUCCCAAGGCGCCGUACCUCUCCAAAUACCGCGACUUGGCUAUGGCUAAUCUCCCGGAAUUCAUCCAAGCUCAUCACCUCGCCGGCAAGAAAGCCAAGCUUGCUGACACUGGACGCGGAUUUGAAGACGUCAAGAUGCGCUCGUCGAUGCUUAUGCAAACAGAGGAGUAG